AUGCUUCAGUUUUUCUUGUUACACCGACACCUCAGCCAUGGAAUUCUCUGUACACCUGCCCUCCAAAAUGGUUUCAAUCAAUCGUUAUCGCUGACUUGUGGUUCAGCCCUUGUUUUCGCCGGCCUUGAGAAGAAUAGAAGAGACAUCAGUGGCAUCGCAUUCUAUGCUCCAGCUUCGCGUCGUUACCUCACUCCCCUCUCUCCCCCACCGUUCGAACAGUUUAACUACACGGUGGUUGACCACAUCGACCACAACAUGUCUCCUACUCACCGUCCAGGAAUGGAGAUAAUCUGUCUUCGGAAAAUGCAGCUCAAAUGA